AUGUCAAGUCUCAGUAGAAAACGGUACGCAAUCUACACGUCUCUUGGUUUCGUCUCAACAAUAUGGUUUCUCAAACCGGAGUUGCUGCGCGGUGGCUUAGCGGGUCGGUUCGAAGUAUAUUUGAUUCGUCGAGUCCUCACAAUUGGCCGUGCUUACGUCGGUUUGCCUGAUGGAGAGAAUGUAAAGUUUUGCCUGACGCCUCCUAACGGUCCCCGCAAGUUGCCGUCUUCCAAAGGGGGUCUCGCCAUCGACGUUGCAACGACCCUCUGUGACGUUGAACUCAAACCCUUUUUCCACCGCCUCUGUAUCGUCAACACCGCUCUUAACAUUUUAAGGCAUGCCGAGGACGAGUCCAAUGUGACAGGGCAAUUCCGUGGAGUGAGGUCGCAAUUCCGGCUGGAAAUAGACUUGAAACGCGAGCGAGGUGUUAAUUCCACUGUUGGAUAUACUAAGACGAAGCUUACAGAUACUCUCGACCACAGGAAAACUCUUUAUUUCAACCACCACGACCUCGUUGACAAUACCGCUAUCUUCACUACUCCUGCACUCGUUUGCUACGGCUCUCGCGAUCUUGCAAGCAAGAGAACGUUUUGUAGAAUCAAGCACACAGCUAGUGGCACCCCACUAAGCGUUCCGAAACUUUCUCGCUCCUUACAAGUUGAAGGACCCGCUAUUAUCCUGCCCGACACUGCUGUCGAGCUGCUGAUUCAAGGACCCCAGUACGCUCUCGAUCAGCCGCCCAAUUGCACGAAUCCUCCCGCUACUACGGCUUACGGCAAACAAGAACUCCACGACCUCAUUCCCCGACGAUACCCCAAGCGUUCGGUUUUCAUUCCCGUCAUGGACCGCGAGCGGCAUUUUAUUCUUACACACUACGCGAAGUCAACGCCGCUCAAGCACGUAGACCACAGGUCCCACCACAACUUCGAAGAAAUCCUUGGACGUUACCUUUACCUCCGCGAAAUACAGACACGAAUCUCAAUUUACCUGACCUCCUCCUGUUUCAAUCAGGUCAGACUACACAGUACAUUUAUGAACAGAAGCCACCCCGACCGAAUCCAAGCUGAGGAUUCACUAGUUGUCUGGCAAAACUACGGCGCACCCCAUCCAGCCCACUUGCUCCCCUCAAAUCGACCUAUUGAAAGCCUAGACCAUCUCCGUGACGCUCAUGCACACCACCGUCUUUGCCCUGACAUGGCUUUGUCGCCUCCCUUCAGAUUUUGCAACCUACCACGUAUGAGCAGCCUCAGGGAGUAUAUCGUCACCAGGAUCCUGACACCACGAUACGCAGCUCAAAUGCAUACGGCAGCAUACUGA